AUGGCGAAGCCCUCGGACGACGUCGAUGACAUCGACGAGUUCGACGACUUUGGUAUCGACGACUUUGACGACUCCGCACUUCAGCAGCUCGAUCAAAUCGAGAACAAGCUCAUCAACCAGGUCGGCAACCCUACAUUCACAACCACUUCUGCGUCCGACGCAAACCUGCCGAUUGCGCAAGGAAAGGCUACGGCUCGCAUCCAGCCAUCGUCGUCCUACGUCGGCGCAUCGAAUGCAACCGCGUCAACGUCCGCAAAACCGUUGCAGCGCGUGGCGUCCGCGAGCUCAACGGGCCUCUCUCAGUCCGCCUCGUCUGGAGCUCAUCGUCAGAUGACCUUAUUUGGCAAGCCCGCCGCACCCACGCAACCACGCGCUGCCAAGGUCGUCUCGUCCAGCCCAGGCCACAUCACCCUGUCCUCUCAGUCUGCAACGCAGGCCAAUGUCGACGGAACCCGCUCCGACACCCUCGAGGCAAAGGAAGCUUCCUCGUCUGCUCGUCCGCCCUGGCAACAAAAGGUAGGCACCAAGACAUGGGACAGAGAGGCCUACCUGCAUCGUGAAAAUGCAAGGAAUCGCGACAACGCUGCUAUCGAUCUUGACGCAUCCGACGAAGACGACUCCCCGUCCGGCAAGGGCAAGCAGAAGCGCAGCUGGGAUGUGCACAGCAAGUACGAAAACGUGCUCCCGCCACCUCCGCCACCGCGCGACGUCCCGCCACCACAACCCCAAAAGUGCAAGAUCGAUCUCGAGGCUGCAAAGACCUGGAUCUAUCCAACCAACAUGGAGAGGCGCGACUACCAGUACAACAUCGUGCAAAAGGCGCUCUUCAACAACGUCCUCGUCGCUCUCCCUACCGGUCUCGGCAAGACCUUCAUCGCCGCCGUCGUCAUCCUCAACUUUUUUCGCUGGUUCCCCGACGGCAAGAUCGUCUUCCUCGCUCCAACAAAGCCGCUCGUGGACCAGCAAAAGACCGCUUGCCAUCGCAUCUGUGGCUUGCCCUGGGACUGCGCCAUCGACCUCACCGGCAACACCAACUCCGAGCGCCGCGCUGACUACUGGCGCACAAAGCGAAUCUUCUACAUGACGCCUCAGACGAUCGACAACGACAUCCAGUACAACCGAUUCGAUCGGCGCGACAUUGUGUGCGUCGUCGUAGACGAGGCCCACCGCGCACGCGGUCGCUACGCCUAUGGAAACGUCAUCGGUCAGAUCAUGGAGGUCAACCCGCACUUUCGCGUGCUCGCCCUCUCGGCAACCCCGGGCAAAGACUCGGACAGCGUCCAGGAGGUCGUCGAUCAGCUCCACAUCAACCAGAUCGAAAUUCGCACCGAAGAGGCCAUCGACGUACAGCGCUACAUGUUCCGCAAGCGCGAAGAGAUUGUCAACGUGCCACUGGGCAAGGAUCUCAACAAGGUCAAGGACAACUGGGCCAAGCUCAUGCAGACCCAGAUGGAUCCUCUACUCAAGGCUGGUCUCUUACGCAAUCAGGACCCCGUCUUCCUCCAUCCCUUCGCAGUCAAUGCGAUUUCCAGGGACCAGAGCCGUACCGGCAUCCUGAAAAGCAAGCCCUUCCUCCGCGCCAACAUCUCCGAGCUGGCACAGAUGGCGCUCUCGAUGCAGUACCUCAUGGAGCAGUCGCCCACCAUGUUCUACAACCGCCUCAAGGAACGCUCGCUCGGCUACAACUCCAAGGGCAAGAAGACGUCGACCUCCAAGCAGCAGACCUACGCCAAUACCAACAGCACCUUCAGCGAGAUCAUGCGCGAGCUCGAGAUCAUGCAGGACACCAAGGGACGCAUCCUGCACCCAAAGAUGCUCAAGCUCGUCGAGGUGCUAGGCGAGCACUUUAAGCGGUGCCAGGAAGAGCGCAUGCACAACGCAGAGGCGUACACCGAGAGCGGCCACAACGUGUAUGGAUGCACGCCCAAGUCUUCCGACCUGUCGCAGCUCAACGACUUGUCCCAGGCCGAUACACGCGUCAUGGUCUUUUGCUCCUACCGCGAGUGCUGCGACGAGAUCGUCAGCUUCCUGAACGAUUCCGGAUUCAAGGCCACCGAAUUCGUCGGCCAGAGCAAGGCCAAGAACGGCAAGAAGGGAAUGUCGCAAAAGGAUCAAGAACGCGUCAUCAACGAUUUCAAAGCGGGCAAGUACAACGUGCUCGUCGCCACCUCGAUCGGCGAGGAGGGACUCGACAUUGGCUCGGUCGACCUCACGGCGUGCUACGAGGCCGUCAAAGACUCGAUCCGCAUGCUCCAGCGCAUCGGCCGAACCGGACGCAAGCGCGAGGGCAAGAUCGUCGUGCUCGUCUCGGAAGGUCGCGAGCAGCACAACUGGCAGCACUCCAAGGACAACUACAAGGCGGUGCAGAAGGAGGUCGACUCGCGUCUCUAUGUCGAGCUGUUCGACGACGUCGAUCGCAUGGUGCCCGACCACAUCGCGCCGCGCCCCAUCCUCAAGGAGGUGGAGCAGCCCGAGUUCGAUCCCUCGAUGGUGUCGUCCGGCGCCAAGGCGAAUGCCAAACCUGCGCGCGCCAAAAAGGAGCCCAAGCCCAAAAAGGAUCCGAAGCGCAACAUGCCCGAGGGCGGCGACCUGAUCGCUGGAUUCCGCAAAGCCUCGACGCUCGCCAAACGCAAGCAACGCAGCAGCGACAUUGACGAGUCGGGUCGCAGCGACGCCGAUGUGCCCCCCAUCAACGAGACGCACAGCCAGAGGAUGCAGCGACUGCUCACUAUGACAGAUGAGCAGAUGGAGGCCGAGUUCGCCAAACGAGAUGCCUCGCUCGACCUCGACAUUCGUCCGGCCAAGGAAAGGCGCCGAGCUGCCAUGGCGAAAGCCUUCUCUCCGCCGAGCUCGCCGGAGAUGGCGCCGCGCGUGCUAUCGCGCUCGUCGCGGGUGACGUCGAAUUCUGAAUCCCACCCGGACACGCCGCCGCUUCCAGACGGGAUCGAAACGCCGCCGCUGCCGUCCAGCUUGUCGACGUCGUCAUCGUCGCGGCCGUUGGCCGCCGGAAGGAAGCUCGGGGUGGGUUUGCGACGAAGCUCCGGACGCAGCGCCACGAGCACGGGCACGCUUGCGCUUCGCAAGUCCAGCGACGCGCUCGACUUGACUGGUGACCAACCCUCAGCCUCGACCAAGCGCAACGUCAUCUCGCCGAGGAGCAGAGGCAUCGCGACGACAGUGAUCUCGGACGACGACGACGAGUUUGGUGGAGACGAUCUGGCGUUGGACAUGUCGAUGGAAAACGUGCUUGCACGUGUCGAGGCCGAGGCGGCUGCGAAAGUGCGAGCCGCCAAGGUGCCGGCGGUACCGAGCCCGGCACCGACGAAGGUGACUCGUCUCAAGACCGACCCGACCAUGGCCGCCUUAAUGGCCGAAGAUGAAGCGCAAGAGCAGAGUCAGGGCGCGAACCCGGCGAGCGGUUCACGCAAGCGCAAGAAGGCAGACCCGGAAAGCAACGGGCAGCCGACGCCGGCCAAGAGGCACGAGUCGCCAAGCAAGAGCUCCAUGGGACCUCCCGACUCGGCCCCUCGACGCGCCGGUGCAGGCCGGGGCAAGCGGGUGAUCCUCGAGUCGCCCGACGGCGAGCAGUCCGUCGUCUCUUCGAAGAAAAGCGAGGAGCGAGAAGCGGAGCCUGACACCACGCUGUCUUCGCCCAUCAAGGCGCCCGUGCGGCGCGCCGGACGGCUGCAGAAGGCGACGCACGCGCAGGAAAGCCCCGUGGCGGAAGGAGCCGAUACGAGUCCGACGGCGCGCAAGGGCAAAACCCGCUUUGUGCGCGGCAUGGUCGACGGCGACGACGACGACGACAGCAGCAAGAAGCACGAUGGGUCGUCGCGAGCCAAACGUCAGUCGCGCGACACGAGGCGAGGCCAGGAGCAGGGUGCAGAAGGUAAGAAGGUCAAGGGGGAGAGGCGGAAAAAGCGCAACAUCAUGAAUUCACCGCGGUCGCGUGCGCUAUUUCAGUACGAAGCCGAGCGGUCUACGGACGAGGAGGAGCACGGGGAGCGGGACGAGCAUGAUUCGGGGCUGGGCACGUCGGACGAGGACGAUUCGGACCGGGAGGCGGUGGGCGAUUUUGAGCCUACGCAGGCGCCGCGCGGCUACCACCAGCAGAGCGUGUACAUGCAGUCGAUGCUGUCGCAGCACGCACCACCCGAGUUCGAGCGUCUACGCCACGGACCGUUCCCCGGGCUCGGAGGCAGGUUCGGCGAGCCCGUCACACCCCAACGCACGAGAAGACAGCAUGUGCCGUCGUCGGAAGCAAGACCCAGCCACCGCGGACCCAUGGAUUCAUCCGACAGAUACUCGGAGGACUCGUUUGUGGUGAACGAUGACGAAGAGAUCGUCUACGACUCGGAGCUGUCCGAUGCGCUGCCGGACAGCAGCCAGUUUGGCUAG